AUGAGUGGAAAGUUUGCAGCGGCGUCUGUGCUCUGGGCCCUGAGCCUGAUCUGCAGCCUGGAUGCAGCAGAGAUCAUCAAUGGUAAAGAAGUGACCCCUCACUCCCUGAAGUUCAUGGUUCUUCUGGUAAACAAGCAGGGGCCUUACUGUGGGGGGAUCCUGGUGGAUCCUCAGUGGGUCCUGACGGCCGCACACUGCCACAAAGGUGAGAAAAUCAAGAACGUGAUGCUGGGAGUUCACAACAUCAAAAAAGAUGAGAAAAAGUUUCGUCAGACGAGAAAAGUGAAGGAAUACAUCCCGUGUCCCUGCUACGACUCUGUGGAGAAAGUAAACGACUUCAUGCUCUUAAAGCUCGAUGAAACCGUGACAGUGACAGACUAUGUGGACGUCCUGCCGCUGAAGAAGGCCCAGGACCCUCCGGCCGGCUCCUCCUGUGUGGUCGCUGGGUGGGGGAGACUGGAGUCAGGCAGAGAAUCUGACGUCCUGAUGGCGGUGAACGUGACGGUGGUGGACAGAGACAAGUGCAACUCUAAAAACUACUACAACCUACGUCCUGUCAUCACACACGGACACGUCUGUGCAGGCUCCGACGGGACCAGCCAGGCCGACUCCUGCCAGGGUGACUCUGGGGGACCACUGCUCUGCGACGGGAAACUGGUUGGAGUGACGUCGUUUGGGGGUAAAAAGUGUGGAGAAGUCAACAAACCCGGAGUGUACACGCUCCUCACUCACGACAGAGUCCAAUGGAUCAAAGACACCAUGAAGAAGAAAUGA